AUGUCGUACUUCUUCUCCACCCCCGUCGACAUCGACAUCGUCCUCGAGGACGCCGACGACCGCUCCAUGGUCGACGUCAAGCUCGACAAGAACCGCCGCGAAAAGGCGCCCCUCUACAUGGACGGCGAGUCGGUCAAGGGCGCCGUGACGGUCCGCCCCAAGGACGGCAAGCGCCUCGAGCACACGGGCGUCAAGGUGCAGUUCAUCGGCACCAUCGAGAUGUUCUUCGACCGCGGCAACCACUACGAGUUCCUCUCCCUCAACCAGGAGCUCGCCGCCCCCGGCGAGCUGCAGCACCCGCAGACGUUCGACUUCAACUUCAAAAACGUCGAGAAGCAGUACGAGUCGUACAACGGCAUCAACGUCAAGCUGCGCUACUUUGUCCGCGUCACCGUCUCGCGCCGCAUGGCCGACGUCAUCCGCGAAAAGGACAUUUGGGUCUACUCGUACCGCAUCCCCCCGGAGAUGAACUCGAGCAUCAAGAUGGACGUCGGCAUCGAGGACUGCCUCCACAUCGAGUUCGAGUACAGCAAGAGCAAGUACCACCUCAAGGACGUCAUCGUCGGCCGCAUCUACUUCCUCCUCGUCCGCCUCAAGAUCAAGCACAUGGAGCUGUCCAUCAUCCGCCGCGAGACCACCGGCGCCGCGCCCAACCAGUACAACGAGAGCGAGACCCUCGUCCGCUUUGAGAUCAUGGACGGCUCGCCCUCGCGCGGCGAGACCAUCCCCAUCCGCCUCUUCCUCGGCGGCUUCGACCUCACCCCGACCUUCCGCGACGUCAACAAGAAGUUCUCGACAAGAUACUACCUCAGCCUGGUCCUCAUAGAUGAGGAUGCUCGCCGGUACUUCAAGCAAUCCGAGAUCAUUCUCUACCGCCAAGCCCCGGACGCCAUCCAGGCUCCCGAGGGUGGCAUCCAGACCCUGCCGGCGCCGAACGAGGUCAAGAUGGCUGCCGCCCAAGCUGCCGCCGCCCAGGGAUGA